CCCGCCCUAUUUGCAUUAGUUUGAAUAUUGCAGUUACAUGGCAUGCCGUGGCUGCUCUUAAAGUAAGCGAUUGAAUUGGAAUGAUCAGGGUAAAACACAUUUGGAAAAGGUGAUUUUUUCGGUACGAAAAAUGACAACAGCCAACACAAGAGCAAGUUCCCACGCUGGCUACAGCUCAAACAGUAAUAAAAAAAGGUUCUGGACGCGUGGCAGUACAGUGGGAGUUGGAGCGAAGCAGGUCAGUGGCCACAGAAAGCAGUCACCAGAUGUUUCAUCUGCUUUGAAUGACUCAUUUGAUGAAGAUGUAAAAGCAUUUUUGCUUGAUAAUGAUAAGUUGCACACACACGAUGAUCUGACCCAGGUGAACCCUGUAACAAUUAAGACAGUUUUAAAAUGUCUUCAAGCAAGAUAUUUGGAAAACAAGUUUUAUACAAAUGCUGGAUGUACCUUGGUGGCAGUUAACCCUUUUAAGCCUGUACCAUCCUUGUAUACACUCAAACUGAUGAUGGAAUAUCAUAAAGCACCUCAGCUUCAAUAUCUCAGGCCACACAUCUUCACAUCUGCUGAGCAAGCAUACAGAAAUGUCCAGAGUCAGAUGGAGCCCAUCAACCAGUCACUAAUUGUCAGUGGAGAAAGUGGUGCUGGAAAGACAUGGACAUCUCGCUGUCUCAUGAAAUUUUAUGCUACAGUUGCUGUCUCUUCAUCUUUGAAAGCCCAUGAUACAGUUGAAAGGAUAGAGCGUAGAGUACUGGAUUCUAACCCCGUCAUGGAAGCGUUUGGUAAUGCCUGCACAUUGUGGAACAAUAACAGCAGUCGCUUUGGAAAAUACAUUCAACUGCAACUAAACCGGUCACAACAACUGGUGGGGGCUUCCAUUCAAACAUAUCUGUUGGAAAAAACAAGAGUGGCUAAUCAACCUGUUAAUGAAAGAAAUUUUCAUAUAUUCUAUCAGAUCACAAAAGGUGCCACUGAGGAUGAAAGACUGAAGUGGAAUCUUCCCUGUAACAGUCUCUUCACCUGGUUGCCCAACACAGAGAGAACCCUUGAAGAAGAUUGCUUUGAGGUGACCAAACAAGCAAUGCUUCAUUUAGGCAUCAGUAGUGAAACACAAAAUCAGAUAUUCAAGAUUCUCUCUGGACUCUUGCAUCUCGGAAAUGUGGAGUUUGUUUCACCAGAUGAUGAAUGCAUGCAAUGUGAACUUAGUGAACAUUCCAAAGAUUUCUUGCAGAUAGCAGCAGGUCUUCUGAAAAUCUCUGAGGAUCACCUGCUCAAUCAGCUUCGCAUUCGAGUCAUCCGAGCUGGCAGACAGCAACAGGUAUUCAAGAAACCCUGUUUGAAAAGUGAAUGCAGCAUCAGGAGGGACUGUCUGGCAAAAGUUAUCUAUGCAAAAAUCUUUGACUGGCUGGUUAGUGUCAUAAAUAGAAGCAUCUGUGCAGAUCCUUCAAUGUGGAACAGUUUUAUAGGUUUGCUAGAUGUUUAUGGCUUUGAGUCAUUUCCUGUUAAUAAUUUAGAACAACUGUGCAUCAACUAUGCAAAUGAAAAGUUGCAGCAGCACUUCGUAGCUCAUUACCUCAAAGCGCAGCAGGAAGAAUAUGAAGCUGAAGGUCUAAAGUGGUCUUUUGUCAGCUACCAAGAUAAUCAGAAAUGUUUGGACCUAAUAGAAGGAAACCCUGUCAGCAUCUUUUCCUUGCUAAAUGAGGAAUGUCGUCUAAAUCGUCUCUCUGAUGCAAAGCAGUUUAUGGCACGAGUAGAGAAGGCACUUGCAGUUAAUGAAUGCUUGAGCUGGGACAAAUUUACCAAAACACCUCAUUUCAUUGUUUCCCACUAUGCAAGUAGUGUGUGCUAUCAGACUGAAGGCAUGACGGAAAAAAACAAGGAUCCUAUUCCUCCUGAGCUUCUACAUUUAAUGGAACAAUCAAAGGACUCCCUUCUUCAGAAUUUGUUUGCAGCAGAGGAGAAAAUAGACGAGACAAGACAGAGAAAAUCUUUAACAGUGGUCUCCAGAUUUAAGUCAUCCCUGGAGAAUUUAAUGAAUGUUUUGCACAGCACUACACCACAAUAUAUUAGAUGCAUUAAGCCAAAUGCUGAAUGCCAACCAGCAAACUUUAAAAAGGAUGAGGUGAUUACUCAACUAGAAGCCUGUGGCAUUGUGGAGACAAUUAGCAUUAGUGCCGCCGGCUUUCCUAUAAGAAUUCCUUACCUAAGUUUUCUAGAACGUUAUGGAGUGAUUGGAAAAAAACACUUGUCUUUGAGGCUGACUGCAAUUGGCUGCUCACCCACCAAAAAGAGAAGAGUGGAGGAUCAUGUGGAGAAUGCUGAAGAUAUGCCCUGUGAAGCAGUUCAGGUCAUUCUCAUGACAGUUUUGUCAAGCAAAGGUUUAAAUCUUACAUCUUGUGACCAGGCUGAUAGUCACAGGCUGCUUGUCCAUUGUGGGAAAACUAAAGUCUUUAUGACUCACUUGAUGCUAGAACUGCUUGAAAAUGCCAGAACACGGCUUCUUUCUCAGAAGGCCUUUUGCAUUCAGUGCAGCUGGAGACGAUACCAGAAACGGCAGCACGAAAGACAUAACCGAGCAGCAACACAAAUACAAGCAGCUGUUAGGUCAUGGCUAAGGAGGAGGAGGAAACUAAAACAAGACCAGGCUGCUAGAGCAAUCCAGAGAGCAUGGAGAAGAUGGAGGGCUGUGAUGGAUGCCUUGGCUGCAGCAGAGCUAGAUGACACAAUGGUAGAGGAAAGCCACUGUGAAUCUCUCCAUGGUUCAUCUGCUGGAGGAGUCACUGAAAACUUCAUGGAACCUCUAGAGGGUGCUACUUUGUCUUCUAAAGCAGCUGACUUCUGGUCUUGGCCAUUUAGACUCAUCCUCCCCUCUGCUCCCACCUUGAGUGUGACUAUUAAAGCCAGUGGAUUACAGAGGUUGGGUUCAGUUCUUACCGCUUUGCAGUUAAAUUUCGGGAUCAGCAACUACAAAGUGGAAACAAAUCAAUUUGAUGAAGGAGUUGCAUCAAUCCGAGCCCGGCCACAGGUGGCCAUUAAGUUUCAUCUCGGGCAGUCUCCUCUUCUCCACGCACAUACAUCACCGGAGAGGAGCGACAGCAGCCUUGUUGGCCUUAAUCAGAUCUUGCUUGAUAAGUGAUGACCUUAUCAUGUCCGUCUGCGUUUCUGCAGAGCUGCACUAAAAUCCAGAUGGUACAGCGGCUACGUUUUAACACUAGGUGUGUUUUUAAGACAAUAAAGUUGGGAUUCUUUUAUAUAUAUAUUUAUAUUUUUUUAAUAGUUUAACAAUACACUUCACCAGGAUUUAUAUUUCACCACUUGUUUAAUCGGUAAUGAAAUUUAAUGAACCACCUUAUGAGGUAACUUAUUUUUGAUUACUUUGAUUUUUUUUUUUUUUUUUUUUUGUAAAAGCUGUUAUUUUGAAUCAAAAUAUUUACAAUUUUAUGUUUUAACAAUGUUCUCAUGGGGAUUUAAUGUUGAAGCUUUAAUUACAGCUCAGUGCUUAAAAGGCAAUAAUGAAAGAUUUCUAUAAGGGGCUAAGAAUAAAGGAACAGAAUAAGGCAGGAAUACAAAGCUGUCAUUUAUAAAGGCGACAAGACUGCAAAAGACAAGACUUUGGACGAUGUAAGUUUUAUAGAAUCAGCUGUUAUUGCCAGUCCUUUUAAAAGUUUCAAAAGCACAGUAAGAGAAUGUUCUUGAAAUGGAAUUUAUUUUUUUAACCCUACUGCCACUAUUUAAGUAGAUUUUGUAAUUUCACAUUUUUAACACUACCAAGCACCAGAUGCUGAGAUAGAUGAUGCUGUUUUAUGGGAUUGAUGAAUGGAGGCUGUCACAUCAGAGGCACGAUAUGCAUUGUAAAACCAAUGUCUUGACACUUUUCCUUAAUGCACUUUAAACAUGAAUAUAUAUUUGUGUCCUCUGUAUAAUCUGAAAUUUUCACACAAAAUAUUGUAAUAUUUAUGUUAAUGUAUGCCAAAGCUAAAAAUAAAAACACAUUGAAAUGUC